GCGGCGCAGGGGUCAGUGGUUCUCUCGGGUCUCGGGACAGGUGAGCACCCUGAUGAAGGCCACGGUCCUGAUGCGGCAGCCUGGGCGGGUGCAGGAGAUCGUGGGCGCCCUCCGCAAGGGCGGCGGAGACCGGUUACAGAUUUCUCAAUAUGGUCAUGCUGCUUCCUCUAAUUGGACAGAAGGCGCCCACACCAGUACCUAGGGCCUUAUCCUCCCCAAGCCAGCGGCUCCCCAGUGAUUUCUGAUUUUGACAUGACCUUGAGCAGGUUUUCAUAUAAUGGAAAGCGAUGCCCUUCUUCUUACAAUAUUCUGGAUAAUAGCAAGAUCAUCAGUGAGGAGUGUCGGAAAGAGCUCACAGCGCUCCUUCACCACUAUUACCCAAUUGAGAUCGACCCACACCAGACUGUCAAGGAGAAGCUACCUCAUAUGGUGGAAUGGUGGACCAAAGCGCACAAUCUCCUAUGUCAGCAGAAGAUUCAGAAGUUUCAGAUAGCCCAGGUGGUUAGAGAGUCCAAUGCAAUGCUCAGGGAGGGAUACAAGACCUUCUUCAACACACUCUACCAUAACAACAUUCCCCUUUUCAUCUUUUCUGCGGGCAUUGGUGAUAUCCUGGAAGAAAUUAUCCGACAGAUGAAAGUGUUCCACCCCAACAUCCACAUCGUGUCUAACUACAUGGAUUUUAAUGAAGAUGGUUUUCUCCAGGGGUUUAAGGGCCAGCUCAUACACACAUACAACAAGAACAGCUCUGCGUGUGAGAACUCUGGUUACUUCCAGCAACUUGAGGGCAAAACCAAUGUCAUCCUGCUGGGAGACUCUAUCGGGGACCUCACCAUGGCCGAUGGGGUUCCUGGUGUGCAGAACAUUCUCAAAAUUGGCUUCCUGAAUGACAAGGUGGAGGAGCGGCGGGAGCGCUACAUGGACUCCUAUGACAUCGUGCUGGAGAAGGAUGAGACUCUGGAUGUGGUCAACGGGCUACUGCAGCACAUCCUGUGCCAGGGGGUCCAGCUGGAGAUGCAAGGCCCCUGAAGGCGCAGGCUCCAGCCCGGCCUGCAGGCCGUGGUGAGGAGGGGCGCCUCCCCAGAGUCCACUCCCCUGUGAACACAGAGCAGAGGCCAGGGUGGCCAGCAGUGGCUGGGUCCUUCCGCGCCCCUCCGUCCUCCUUUCCCUGAGCACCUGCAUCACCAGAGGCUUGAAGGAACCCCGCCAUGUGGCAGGGCACAGGCACUGUUCCUGGUGAACCUUGGACCACAGCAUGUCAGUGCUCUAGGGAUUGUCUACUCCAGGGAUUUUCUUCAAAAUUUUUAAACAUGGGAAGUUCAAACAAAUAUAAUGUGUGAAACAGAUCAAAAUUUUUAAAAUGAAAAAAAAGCUGCUCUGAUUCAGGGGAUGUGGGUGGGGGUAGAACCUGGACCUUUUGGCCCUGGGGGCACAUGGGAUGCUUCUAGGAACACAGUUUGAGAACCACCACAAAUUGGCCUGAGACCCCAUCCGAGCACAGCCUGAUUGUGUCUGUCUGGUUCAGCGUGGGGCUGAAAGGGUGUGUUCUAGCCUACAGUGGUUUGACUUUAUUCUGAUUCAGCCAUCAAACUUGAAAUUCAUUUGGGAUCGGUGGGGUUGAGGCAACCCUGUCUGAGAGCCCCCCCUUUAGGGAUCCCUGAGGGGAUGCGUUCGUGUGUGGCUGUCCCCCUAUGCCCUAGGCUCUCCUUUCCCCUCCUCUCAUGGGUCAGGGCCACUAAAGUGGAUGACCUGAAAAGGGGAAUUUAGAGCAGGGACCUGAGGGAGACUGUGCCAAGGUGAAACAAGUGAUGUGUGCACUGUGGUCUUGCAUUAUUGGGCCGACCCUGAAGAGCCAGUUCAGCAUUUUCUUAGCCUUAGAGGAAAUCACCAGCACCCUUCCUGCAGUGUUCGGCUAGCCGUUGGAAAGUUCUGUUAUUCUGCAGAUGUGAAGCGGGAGGUAAUACAGAUGUUACUGAAGGCCUGCGGUGUCCCAGGUGCCACUCUGGGCACUUGGGUGCCUGCCAGUUGACCCUCACAAUGACCCCACAAGUAGGUGCAGCUCCUCCUGCUUCCAGAUGGCUCAGGCAGGAUGGGUAACUUGCCCAAACUCCAUAGCUAGGAGCUGGAGCCAGGAUUUGAAUGUUUCUGACCAAAGCCCAUGCCUUUUGCUGCAUUUCUCUGCUUCAGGCCUGUUCCAUUCGUUUUUGGGAGGAGGGAGUGGCCACCAUCUGAGGCUGGGUUAGUAACCACUUCCAGACUUUAAUCAAGGAGCUUUCUUGGCCGGCGCAGUGGCUCAUGCCUGUAAUCCCAGCACUCUGGGAGGCCAGGGUGGCAGAUCACUUGAGGUCAAGAGUUUGAGACUAGUGUGGCCAACAUGGUAAGACCCUGUCUCUACUAAAAAUACAAAAAUUAGCUGGGCUUGGUGGCCCAUGCCUGUAAUCCCAGCUACUCAGGAGGCUGAAGCAGGAGAAUCACUUGAACCUGGCAGGCGGAGGUUGCAGUGAGCUGAGAUCAUACCACUGCGCUGUGGUGACAGAGCGAGACCCUGUCUCAAAAAAAAAAAAAAAAAAGACUUCAAUCAAGGAGCUUUCUGGAUGCUUCGGGGCCAGAGAAUGUCGGUCAUUGCCCGUGGGGAGCAGUCACGUCUCUUAGGGGACCCUGGGCAAGAAGUGCUGAUGGGGGCAGUUUGCUAUAUGAGUCCAGUCCUGUCAUUUUCUUUCCUAAGUCCCCACCCCGUCCUCAGAAUGCUCGGGUCAUACCAGGCAAGCGAGGACAGAUGGCCUGGUUGGUGGCUGAAGUCCUCCUGCAAGACACUGUGGAGAUCUGAACUCCAUUACCUUUCCCCUAGCAAGAGGGAGAAGGGUGGGCAGGUGGUAACAGGUGGUGGCCAGGAGCAGGGAGAGACGGGAAUAUCAUAGUAUUGGAAAUGAUCUAUGGAAAAGGAUAAUCUGACUUGUGUGGUUUAAUUUAAUCCUUGAACUUUGUAGGUUGUGUUUUGAGGUCAGGGACCUUGUCUUUCCCAUUCAAUGGGGACAAUUGGAGGAUGAGGAUCAUCUCUCCACACCCUGCUGGAGGCCUCCCCCCUUUACACAUUCACCCACUCCACAGAGCAGGGCUCCCUUCCCACAGCGAAGACCCCAGGUUAGGCCCAGGGCAGGCAGGAAACCUCCAGAUGGGGAGCCCCUGACCUGGGGACAUGCUGUCUGGAGCUAAUGAGGCCAUGGAAACAGCCUGGUUUAACUUUUUCCCCAAUCUCUGGGUCUAAAGGCCUCCCACAACCCCCACUUCAUCCCCUAGCC